GACUAAGCGCCAUUUGGAAAUCGACCUGCUACAGUUGCUAGCCCGCAAAUCAUUUCGGUAGCGUUAGCAGUAGACAGUGUAAGAAAUACUACCGCCGUCCUUCCAGAAGAAAGAAAAGAGCCGUGUUAACUCGGGUGUUCGAUAACCUCUCACAUCGAGACGCGUGUCAUUUCCAAAAGGGUCAUGGCUGACGAUUUUGAAAUUGAGGCAAUGCUGGAGGCUCCAUUUAGAAAGACUUGCCUAAUGAUAUCUCACCUCUUCUCCAAUGAGUUCAUCUUUGAUUCCACUGUGAACUGUGGUAAAACGUAAGGUAGUUAUGGAGUAAUGUACUGAUGCACUGUGGUUCCCUUAGGACUAAAAGAAACUCAACUUAACACAUCCCUGUUCAGUUGCUACAAGGUGAAUGCCAAUGGAAGAUGAGCACAUUUUAUCGGUGCUACAAAAGAGGCAGUAUUCAGUUGUAAAAAUAUGCAGUUUCCCACUAUUUUAAAGCAUGAUGAAUUAUAUUUGUUGAAAUAGAUCAUGCAUAUAUGCACAAUCUUGCCAUAUGUUUGGCAUCUGUUUUCAGGUAUAGUCAGAUUUAUGUUAACAUUUUUAUUGUAAUUUCCUGCAUUGUAUACAGCAAGUUAUAGAUAUAAAGCACUAUGAACUUCCGUCAUAGUAAUCAUAGCUGUGUUGUGCACAAAGAGCCUAGAGAGAAUAACUGAUUCAAAUGCUUUUAACAUUUAAAAAAUAUGAAUACUGCCUUUUUGCCUCCUCAACUGUAACUGUAAUUAUUUUGAGGUUUUAAAUCGGUAUUGAGUUUGCAUGCUACACAACACCACACAUUUUUCAUUAGCACACAGUUAAAACAAUUGCGGCUAUUCAACCUCCCUUUUCAAUCAAGCCAUAACCGGGCUUUUGGCCGAUUUUCAUGUUGAUACCAAAACACAUUGGUAGUUUUGUAUGUGGAUGAACUAGUGGCUUUCUUUCCAGUUUCUGUUGGGCGUCGAUGUUACUAAGCCCUGUGAAUCCCUGUUUGCUUCAGGGCGAGAUGUGUGACAGAGGUGGCAUCGAGCUCUUACAGUUCAAGAACGAAAAUGGGUGAAGAUCACUGGACUGACACCAACCACACAGGAUCUCUUUAGUGGCCGUUGACCAUGCGUAGCCUCAGGCUUAGGCUCAGAUAGUGGCAUGGGUACGGCUCAUUAGAUUGGUGGGGGGCGGGAGAGGUUGGACCCCAGUAAUGUCAAAGUUCACUGAACAAUUCUAUAAUGUUGGUAGUCUCAUAAAAUGUCAUUUUAUCCGAGUUGCAGUGAGCACUCAACAAUACUGCUAAAAUGAUGUUCUGGGGUAGGGUGGGAGGGGGGUUCUUUUGUGCAAGGAUACCUUGUGCAGGCAGGACAGUAAAUAUUUGGAAGUAUUGCUAAUUUAAUGUAUUGUGCAUUUUCUCUUGUCCCACCCCAUCCCCCCCUUUACCUUGACGAAAUGUUUCCUCUGCGUCCUCAUGAUGUUCUUCUAUCAACCUUGCUUAGGAUGAAAUCAAAUCCUCUCAUGCAAAUGGACAUGAAGCUCACAGCAAGAAGAAAAGAAGGAGCCGGAGCAGAAGUCCAGGGGCUUCUAAAAAAAGGAGCAGGAGUCGGGAUCGAAAGAAGAACAAGAAGAGAAGCAAGAGCAGAGAGCGGAAGCGAAAUGCCAGCCGGGAGCGUCACCCCCGCUCCCGCAGCAGGGAUCGCCCCGGCCGCUACAGAGCUCGCAAGAGUCCCAUACGGAAACGUUCCAAAACUCGUAGCCCUGUUAAAAGAGAAAAGAGUCCAAUCAGACAACCCAUCGACAACCUCACGCCAGAGGAGAGAGACGCGCGCACCGUCUUCUGCAUGCAGCUGGCUGCACGCAUCCGGGCCCGUGACCUGGAGGACUUCUUCUCUGCCGUGGGGAAGGUGAGAGAUGUGAGGAUGAUAUCAGACAGGAACUCCAGAAGAUCAAAGGGGAUUGCCUACAUUGAGUUCCUGGAGGCCAGUUCUGUGCCUCUGGCGAUUGGUUUGACUGGACAGAGACUUCUGGGAGUGCCCAUCAUUGUCCAGGCCUCGCAGGCAGAGAAAAACAGAGCAGCCGCCAUGGCAAACAACCUGCAGAAGGGCAGCGCUGGCCCAAUGCGGCUCUACGUCGGCUCCCUGCACUUCAACAUCACAGAGGACAUGCUGCGGGGAAUAUUCGAGCCUUUUGGCAGGAUUGAAGGCAUACAGCUCAUGAUGGACAGUGAAACUGGUCGAUCCAAAGGAUACGGCUUCAUAUCAUUUGCAGACGCAGAAUGUGCGAAAAAGGCCCUAGAGCAGCUAAAUGGCUUUGAGCUGGCCGGGCGGCCGAUGAAAGUAGGCCACGUGACGGAGCGGACGGACGCAUCCACCGCCAGCUCUUUUCUGGACAACGACGAGUUGGAGAGGACUGGCAUCGACCUGGGCACCACAGGCCGGCUGCAGCUUAUGGCCAGAUUAGCAGAAGGUACUGGUCUGAAGAUCCCUGCGGCUGCACAGCAGGCCCUGCAGAUGACUGGUUCCAUUCCCUUUGGAAACAUGAAUGCCUCAUCAUCUGCUGCAACUCCAGCACAGGCGUUAAACCUCCCAUCACAGCCUCUGGCAACACACUGUCUGCAGUUGUCAAACAUGUUCAACCCCCAGGCGGAAAAUGACCCCGGCUGGGACACUGAGAUCAAAGAUGAUGUCAUUGAGGAAUGCAACAAACAUGGCGGAAUAGUUCACACAUACGUCGAUAAGAACUCUGCUCAAGGAAAUGUCUACGUAAAAUGCCCUUCCAUACCUGCAGCGAUGGCUACCGUUAAUGCCCUUCAUGGACGAUGGUUUGCUGGUAAAAUGAUCACUGCAGCAUACGUCCCGUUACCAACGUAUCAUAACCUUUUCCCUGAUUCAGUAAUGGCAAAUCAACUACUGGUGCCAACACGCAGAUAGGUCUGAAGAACUUGUUAAACACAGAAUGUAUAUACAGAUUUUUUUUUUUUUUGCAUACCUCGGUCUUAGAUUGGUUGAAAUAAGAUGGUCAUAAAUUAAUACUGCCAUCUGUUCCGUUAGCCUGUCCAUCUUAAUGUCAAAUUCUGGGUUUGUAAUGUAAAUAACAACCACAAACGAAAUUCACUGUAAUUUUUUAUUCCCAUUC